CCAACUAGAGCAAGGGCAGUUUUUGUCUCCGGAGCUUAAACCUGAGCCAUACAGAGAGCAAGAACAGAUGUGGAAAGACAGACAGGGAAGCCACAGUGCAGCAGGGCUCAGUGACUCCUGCUGCUCAGCAGGAGGGAGUGAAGGCUGGGAGACUACGGGCACUCCCCAGGUUACAGAACCAGCCCAUGACCGAGUCCAGACACGAAUCCAGGGCAUGGACACAGCCCGGGUUGCAGUUGUUGGGGCAGGUGUGGUGGGGCUCUCCACUGCUGUGUGCGUUUCCAAACUGGUCCCCCGAUGCUCCGUGACUGUCAUUGCAGACAAGUUUACUCCCAAUACCACCAGUGACGUGGCGGCCGGAAUGCUCAUUCCUCAUGCUUAUCCAGACACACCCAUUCACCAGCAGAAGCGGUGGUUCAGGGAGACCUUUGAUCACCUGCUCGCAAUUGCCGGUUCCGCAGAAGCUGGAGAUGCUGGCAUUCUUCUGGUGUCUGGUUGGCAGAUAUUCCGGAGCAUUCCUAUUGAAGAUGUGCCAUUCUGGGCUGACGUAGUUUUGGGAUUCCGGAAGAUGACAGAGGCUGAGCUGAAGAAAUUCCCUCAAUACGUGUUUGGUCAGGCUUUUACAACCCUGAAAUGCGAAGGCUCUGCCUACCUCCCCUGGUUGGAGAAAAGGGUAAAAGGAAGUGGAGGCCUGAUGCUCACCCGACGAAUAGAAGACCUGUGGGAGCUUCAUCCGUCCUUUGACAUUGUGGUCAACUGUUCAGGCCUUGGAAGCAGACAGCUUGCAGGAGACUCAAAGAUCUGCCCUGUAAGGGGCCAAGUGCUCCAAGUUCAGGCUCCCUGGGUGAAGCAUUUUAUCCGGGAUGGGAGUGGGCUGACCUAUAUUUAUCCUGGUGUAUCCCAUGUAAUCCUCGGUGGAACUAGGCAAAAAGGAGACUGGAAUCUGUCUCCAGAUGCAGGAACGAGCAGAGAGAUUCUUUCCCGAUGUUGUGCUUUGGAGCCCUCCCUCCAGGGAGCCCACGGCAUAAGGGAGAAGGUGGGCUUGAGGCCCUCCAGGCCAGGUGUGCGGCUGCAGAAAGAGCUCUUGGCCCGAGAUGGCCGGAGGCUGCCUGUGGUGCACAACUACGGCCACGGGAGCGGGGGCGUCUCGGUACACUGGGGCACUGCUCUGGAGGCCGCCAGGCUGGUGAACGAGUGUGUCCAUGCUCUCAGGACCCCUACUCCCAAGUCAAAGAUGUAGAUGACAGUAAAUGAUGGCAAAUGACCCCAGAGACGAUCGAUCAGAGCAAAAUUUAAGCACCAGAACAGGUUCAAAUAAUUUUUCCAUUGCAUGAAAAGAGAUUUCUUUGUUUUCAGAAAUUAGAACUGAUGCAACAUAUAGAUGUAGGAAAUCUAGUACUAAUGACACAGGGCAUAAGCUCUAUUUUUUGUUAAAAAAUACUUGUCAUAGAGUAAGAUUUGUUUUAGAUCUGAUGUCUAACAAUCUAUGCUAAUUAACAUGAAUGCUGGAAGCUAAAGGGAUUUUGACAUCUUUUAGCUCAUAAAUCCACAGGAGGAUAUAUCGUAUAGAAAACGGUUUAAUCACUAUUGAUUGCAGGGCUGCCCAUGAUCCUUUUAUGUUAUAGCCAAAUGAACAUUAUAAUCCCUCUAAAUAAAAUUACGCAGUGAUCACACAAGGUAGACUUACUACAUUUAGUUGAAGACAAAGUGUGAUUACUGCUAUUAUUAAUGACAGCCUCUUCCACCCUUCCAAUGAUGGUAGAAGACAGAGAUGAAGUUGCCUGUGGGUGUGUUAUCAGUUCAAUAGCUGCCUGGGAUCCAUCACCUAAGGGUGGUACAUUCCAUUGCCACCAUCAAGUAGCUGGCUUGUUGCAUGGCUGACUUUGCCUAUGCAUUUCUGAAGGCUGAAUAGCAUGUGCAACCAAAGAGCUAAUUUGCUAAUUAAGAUGGAACAAUCAUUCUGAAUGAAAUAUAACCAAGGACUAUUCUGCAGAUUGUUAAAAUACUGGAGAGGAGGAGAAUAUGUCUCAUGAUAAAAUGAAUUUGGGAAUUUCCAAGUUAAAUUUCUUUUGACUCAGGCCUACUCAGAGCCUUUAAUACGUUCAUGUCUAUUAUGAAUCCUCAGGAGGGUUUUUGGCUUGGGGUAAAUGGCAAAUGAGGUGCUAUUCAUUGAGAUAAGAAAGCUUGAGGAGGAAUGGAUUUAAUUUUAAUUUUAGUUUUGAGAGAAAAAUGACUUAUGUUUGGGGAUAACAAGUUCUACUUUGGACAUUUGGAAGGAAAUGUGGGCAUGGCAAUGAAAAUGUGGGAAAGAGAAAGCUCCCAGCACAGCUCCAUUUUUACUGUUUUGUUCACUGAGCUUUUGCACAUGAUUGUGUUUGAAGAGAACAUUCUGCUGGUAGAGAGAGUGAGAGAGGCUCGCCAGUGUAUUAGAUGAUCUUAAUCCUGUCUCUUGCAGUAUUAAAAAUUUCAAGUUAAAUCAAAUGUGGCAAAGAAAAA